GUGCAGGCCAUGUUCAUGCGCCUGCGCGGCCAUACCUGCAAACACUGUCUAGCCAUUGACGAGGCCCACUACAAGAGACACCAAGAUAUUGCUGAGCAGCUGCACGCUAUCUACGAGAGCUGCGGCGAGGUCGAUUGGACUAUAGUUCCAUCCGCACCCAACAUUGCGGCUGAAGAGACACCGAGAGAUACCAACAACUCGUGUGACUAUGGUACCGAGGAUGACCGCGUAGCCGUGAUUGCAGGCAUACUGCCGUCAAAGCGCGAGAAGAAGGACGCAAAGCGUCUGAUGAGAGCAGCCAGUAGGUCAAGAGUGAUCACCCAGGAAGAGAUUCAAUACAUCGAUUCCAUCAUCCACUCUACCGACGGAAUGUCUAGCAAUGAAACUGAAGGGCCGCGCAACCCUGAAGAGGUUGAUGAGAUUGAGAAGCAGCUUCGCUAUCAUGCGCAGGUAUACAAUGCACGAGGAAACCGCGACCGACUUGGAAGUCUCACAGACAAUUCCGGCAAGAUGCAAGAAACGGGAUUUGACGCCGAGAUGGACCGCAUCCUGAACAUCUUUCACAUCACCAGGCUACUCAAACGUAACACCAACACAAGAGGUCUGCAUGGAAAAGAGCUGGAAAGCUUGCUCACUCUUGUCAAUGUCUUAGAAUUGGCUAUAACUGAAGACAUUGUGCAAGCCAAGAGAGAUAUUGCGGAAGUGCGCAUGCGACGAGCGGGCUAUCUACGAUACGUCAACAGAGCUUCGUAUGAGAUUUUAGCGGACAGAUAUUCCACAAAAAGCUGGAAAAUGGGUGGGAAAUCAGCGACAAUUGCAGUCAAUCCGAGUGUCAUGAAAAUCCCAGCCACGGAAAGCAAUGUGUCAUCAAGAUCCUACUCCUGGUCGAGCGCCUGUUUCACUCAUGUGAAGAAGACAGUUAUUCCAUCAUCCUCAGAUGGCUGGAUCACUACUACCGAUGGUACAAGGUCGAAAGCACCCGCUCUUAGGCUGCCUGUCUGGGAUGAUUUCUCAAGCCAGCAGUCUCAGCUCGCUCGGCCCCCAUUGCACACAGAAAUAUCACCCUUGGACCAGUGUUCUGCGAAUCGCGACUCUUUUGAUGAACCUCUCUCUAAUGCCCCGGCUGUCAAGGGUUCUUUAGCCCCAUUAUCUAAAGGACCAGAGACUUUCGCCACAGAACCAGUAGAGAAAGCUGCCACCCAGCAUUUUAUAGUUUCACAAAAGAAGAAAUCCAAGAAACUACGCGAGGCGAAUCGCAAGGCUAGGAAACUUGGCAUGAUGAGAGACACUGAAGCUUCCAUCGCCAGCAAAGGAGCGAACAACCAAGUCAUCGAAGCUGCUGAUACAUCACUCUGUGGCAUUUCAACAGUGUUGGAAGCUGGCAGUCAGAACUCCGACACGGAAGAAAUUUCACUGGCAUUGCCCAUUCAAGAUGUAGUCAGUGUUGGCUAUGAUAUGAUUCAGACAUCAAAGAAUACCGGAUCUGCCACAGCGUCCCUUCAGGAUGUAUCAAACAACCUCCCCACUGGACCCUUGCCAGUCACAACGCAUGGGAAGCAAUCACAUUGGAGAAGUUUUGUACUCAAGUUCACUGCAGAUCAAUUGACAAAUCCUUGCCUGCCAUUGUGGGGUGGCUGCUCAUACGAAUCUUGGUGCAUUUUCGAGAAGAACCAUAUCUUGGACUGCCCAUUCCACCCGCCUCGUACGUGCAGUCUAGUUACUUCCUAG